CAGACGUGCUCCCCCGAGAGACAGAGGGGGGAAACAGAGCCGCGCUCCUGCCUCACGACCGCGCCGGCCGCCGCCGCCGCCCCCUUUACGCUGCUAGGUUUCCUCAUAGUCCUCCUUGACUCCUUUCUUCUCGGCCUCCUAGUCCGGUGACGGCGGGAGACCGUCGCGGUCCGCGAAAGCGAGCACUUGGGCAGCGGCGAGUUUCGUUCCAUGGCGGGGCACUUGCUGGUGGCGGUGGCGGGGAGGAGGAGAAGAUGGUGGGAAGCGCCAUUGUUUGCGGCGGAGCAGCGCGCGACGCUGGUUAACGUGAAGCUGAAGCUGGUCAAGGAUCCGGCACUCGACGGGGCGUUGUCGCGCCAGCGCCACCUCCGCGCUGCCCACCACCUGCUCGACCUCGUGUCCUCGCGGCCCGGCCACCGUAUCUCGUGCCCCGAGCUCCUCGCCGACAAGUCCGUCCACAAGAUGCUUGGCUCCACGGCCGCCGUGCUCGCCUUCCUCCGCAGAUACCACACCCUGUUCUCGCUCUCCCGCCGCGGUGGAGGCGGCGUGUCCCUCACGGACGCAGCGCUCGGCCUCCGGUGCCGGGAACUGGACUGCCUGGACGCCUCGGAGCCCGACCUGCUCGCUCGCCUCCGCCGCCUCCUCAUGCUCACCCUGCCGCGCUCGCUCCCGCUCCACACCGUCGACCUUCUCCGCUGGGACUUGGGCCUGCCCCGCGACUACCGCGCAUCGAUCCUGGCUCGCCACCUCGACCACUUCGACCUUAAGCAGCCCGAGGGCGACGAGCGCAUCUGGCUCCACCUCCUCUCCUGGGACGACCGUCUGGCUGUCUCGGAACUCGAGAAGGCUGCGGCAGGUGGCGACACCACCUGUCUCCCAUUUCCGGUGAGCUUCACGAGGGGGUUUGGCCUGAGGAGCAAGUCUAUGGACUGGCUGAAGGAGUGGCAGACGCUUCCAUACACUAACCCGUACGCCGACGCCUCGGGCCUUGACCGUCGCACUGAUGUGUCAGAGAAGCGGAAUGUCGGAGUGUUCCAUGAGCUGCUGCACCUCACAUUGGCAAAGAGGACAGAGCGCCACAACGUGAGCAACAUGAGGAAGCUUCUUGGCAUGCCACAGAAGUUUACCAAGGUAUUUGAGCGUCACCCCGGCAUUUUUUACCUCUCAAGGAUACAUGGUACACAGACAGUUGUACUCAGGGAAGCUUACGGUGGCACGAGCCAGCUGCUUGAGAAGCAUGCGCAUCCACUUGUUGCUAUCAGGGAGGAGUAUACCACCAUGAUGAGGGCUGCAUUGCCACCAAGGAGGAGCAGAGAAAGCUGCAACUAUUGUGGUGAACUGGAUGAGGAAAGUGAGGGAGAAGAAGGAACUGAACUCUCUUAAUGAAUGUCUUAUAGGCUCAGUUGAUUCUUAGUGCACCUGAAUGAAGCAAAGCUAGUGACUUGAGAGAAUGGAUGCUCUCUGAUGGUUCAGCAGCUACGAAUGCGUUGGAGAUUGAAAAAUGGAAUUACUCCCUCUGUUCCAAAAUAAUUGAAGUUGAAUUCAGAAGGAACCUCUUGGAGCAUUUCAGCUGGUGAAGAGCUGGGGGAUCUCUAGAGGAAUGAAGAACAACUGGUCACAACAGCAGGAACAGGGACAUCUGCCAGUUUAUUUGUGGUUGUUCAUCACCGAAGACGAGAUAAUACAGUGGCCUAACCACACUUUCGAAGAGCUUAGCUCUUUCUUGAUGCAUGUUAUUAACAAUUGUGGGCUGCAAUGCUUCAUGCAAUUAAGGCUUGUUUGUGGUUAGAUGUCAGGCAGUGCUAAGAUGUUCAUCAGUUCACCAUUUCCUCAAAGCUUCUGCCCAAAACUGAUUCGUUUUAAUGCAUGUUCCUGAAAGACUGUAAUAUUGUAUUGCAUGUUCCUAAAAGACUGUAUAUUGUGCUAAGAUGUCUCGUGAAAGAUUUUAUUUAGACGCGGCUGCAAGGCUCUAAAACGACCGU